AUGAAUGCUUUGACAACCAUAGAUUUUAAUCAGCACGUUAUCGUCCGGCUGCCAUCAAAAAAUUACAAGAUAGUGGAACUAAAGCCCAACACCUCUGUAUCAUUAGGAAAAUUCGGUGCUUUCGAGGUUAAUGACAUAAUUGGUUAUCCUUUCGGGUUGACUUUCGAGAUAUAUUAUGAUGGCGAAGAGGUUUCAUCCGAUGAAAAUAGAGAUUCGAAACCAAAGAACAAAAUUCCCAUCGGGAAAGUAAGGCUAUUAUCGCAGGAGAUCAAAGAUGUCAAUAAUGAUAAAGACGAUGGUCAAAGCGAGCCUCCUUUAUCUAUUAAGGAAAAAUCUGUGUCUCUUGAAUUGUCUAGCAUUGACAGCAGUGCUACGAAUCAGAAUCUGGUUAACAUGGGCAGCAAGGCCCAAGAGUUAACCGUUGAAGAAAUUGAAAAAAUGAAACAAGAAUCUUUAUCUAGUAAAGAAAUAAUCGACAAAAUUAUCAAAUCUCACAAAAGUUUUCACAACAAGACCGUAUAUUCUCAAGAGAAAUAUGUGAAUAGGAAGAAACAAAAAUUCGCCAAGUACUUCACCGUUGAGUAUUUAAGUAGCUCUAACCUUUUACAAUUCUUAAUCGACAAAGGCGAUAUCCAAAGGGUAUUGGAUAUGUCUCAGGAAUCGAUGGGGAUGCUGUUAAAUCUUGCGAACAUCCAAUCAGAAGGCAACUAUCUCUGUAUGGAUGAAACGGGUGGGUUAUUGGUUUACUUUCUGUUGGAAAGAAUGUUUGGCGGUGACAAUGAAAGCAAAUCCAAGGGCAAAGUCAUAGUUAUUCACGAAAAUGAACAUGCCAACUUGGAUUUGCUGAAGUUUGCUAAUUAUUCUGAGAAAUUUAUUAAAGAGCAUGUACACACCAUUUCUCUAUUAGAUUUUUUUGAACCGCCUACACUACAAGAGAUUCAGAGCAGAUUUACACCAUUACCUAAAGAAGAAGCCCGUGCAUUAAAAGGUGGUAAGAAAAACUCGUACUACCGAAAACUCAGAUGGUACAAUACACAAUGGCAAAUUUUAGAACUAACAGGAGAAUUCCUAUAUGACGGUCUUGUAAUGGCUACUACACUACAUUUACCAACACUAGUGCCAAAGUUGGCCGAAAAAAUCCAUGGUUCAAGGCCGAUUGUAUGCUAUGGUCAAUUCAAAGAAACUUUGUUGGAAUUAGCUCAUACUUUAUAUUCAGACCUCAGGUUUUUAGCACCAUCAAUUUUGGAAACUAGAUGUAGGCCGUACCAAAGUAUAAGGGGUAAGCUACACCCUCUGAUGACCAUGAAAGGUGGUGGUGGAUAUCUAAUGUGGUGUCACAGAGUCAUCCCUGCUCCUGAACCUGUAUCGGAAAACGCGACUGCAGCUGACUCCAGUGAAAAGCUUGCUGAACAUGGAGCUAAGAAACAAAAAAUAUAA